AUGGAAGGACUAAAAAAAUGGUACCCGAUAGAGGUGACGACACACAACCUGCACUUCCAUGAGGAGGCAUCUAUAUUUACAAUGCAUGGAAAUGAAAAGUUCAUAGCUACUGGGGGAGGAGACAAAGAUAUAAGGUUGUGGAGAGUGGAGAAGGAUACAUGCAAGGGCAUAGAUUUUUGCUACACCACAGCGAUUGAUUCUUCAAUAAAGAUAAAAUACCAUGCUGUGCUUUCCGGGCAUCACAGAAGUGUGAAUUGUGUUAGAUUUAAUGGAGACAUACUGGCAUCUUGCUCUGAUGGAGGAGAGGUCAUAUUGUGGAAGGGAAGGAAGGCCUAUGUGGUAAGAAGGAUUGAUGGAGACGAUGCAUAUGAGCUUGUAUGGGGAUGCAGACAUCUCUUUGUUGGAUUUUCUAGUGGAAAUAUAUUAGUGUACCAGGUGACUUCGGACAACAAUUUCCUUGAUACUGCCGAUGCAAUUAACGAAGGUGAAUUUAACGAAGCUUCAGAUAGUGAAUGCUCCCCUGGAAAAGAGAAGGAUUGUAAGCAGGGAAUAUCUACCAAACUAGUGCAGAAGAUAAAGUGCCACGAGGACAUAAUCCAAGGUCUUGCAUUCAACCAUCACUUCAAUGUUCUGACGUCUCUGAGUAAGGAUUGCACAGGAAAGACAUUUCUGUUUACAGAUAAGCUUAUUGAGAUAGAAAAGAUGGAGUAUCAUGAUGGAAACAAGCUUUUCUCUACUGGAAGAGGAUUCUUCAGGAGGCUUUCGUAUUCUCCAGAUGGGAAGCUUUUGUAUCUUGUGUGCUGUAGAUCAAACAGCGUUGUAGUGCUUCACUAUCCAUUCCGAAUGGAGCAUGUGUAUGCAACGAUAGGCCCCUUUGAUUCUGAGCCUCUGAAGGUUGUGUGUGGAGAAGAUAGGGUAUUUAUCACGACAAAGAAGAGCCUGUAUAUGGUUGCCCAUAACAAGCCGGCGUUGUGUGUGGAUAACAUUUCCUUUAUGACCAUAACUGAUGGGCAUGUGUUUGAUGGUGUUUGCUUUCUAUCCUCUUUGGACGGGUUUCUGUCAUCGAUACGCAUGAAAGAAGAUUAG